AUGAUCACAGUUGAAUCCGUUUCCAAGCAGUUCGGCGGCGUGCACGCGGUGCAGGAUGCCUCGCUGAACAUCGCCAAGGGGUCGAUCACCGGGCUGAUCGGUCCGAACGGCGCCGGCAAGACGACGCUCUUCAACAUCAUCGCCGGCAACAUUGCGCCCACAAGCGGCACGAUCCGGCUCGACGGCGAGGAUGUGACCGGCCUGCCGCCGCACGAACUGUUCGCCAAGGGCCUGCUUCGCACCUUCCAGAUCGCCCAUGAAUUCUCGACGCUCACCGUGCUCGAGAACCUGAUGAUGGUGCCCGGCGACCAGGCCGGCGAAAGCCUGCUGAGCGCCUGGUUCUCCUAUGGCGAGGUGCGCCAGCAGGAAAAGGCGAUCCGCGAGCGGGCGAUGGAGGUGAUCGACUUCCUCAACCUGACCCAUCUGACACAGGAACUGGCGGGCAAUCUCUCGGGCGGCCAGAAAAAGCUGGUCGAACUGGGCCGGACCAUGAUGGUCGAUGCCAAGGUCGUGCUGCUCGACGAGGUCGGCGCCGGCGUCAACCGCACGCUUCUCAACGAGAUCGGCGAUGCCAUCGUCCGGCUCAACCGCGAGCGCGGCUACACGUUCUGCAUGAUCGAGCAUGACAUGGAUUUCAUCGGCCGGCUCUGCGACCCGGUGAUCGUGAUGGCCGAGGGUUCGGUUCUGGCGCGCGGAACCGCAGACGAGGUGCGCAACAACGAACAGGUGAUCGAGGCCUAUCUCGGUCGCGGCCUGAAGAACGCGCCGCGCAGGAAACACGCCGAACAGGCCGGGGAAGGCGCCUGA